AUGAAUGAAAAAAGUCCCCGCGCCUGCCAGUCUGUGACCUCGCGGCGCCGCCUCCGCAGGUCUGCUGCGAUGCCCGUCGCGGUGGAGGACAUCAUGAGGCUCCUGUGCUCCGUCUCCGAGGAGAGGAAAAUGCGGGCGGCCGUCAGGCACUCUGGGAGGGGCGGCCUGGUCACAGGGGCCGUGGCCUUCGUUGGUGGUUUGGUGGGCGGGCCACCGGGACUAGCCGUUGGGGGGGCCGUCGGGGGUUUGUUAGGCGCUUGGAUGACAAGUGGACAGUUUAAGCCAGUUCCUCAGAUCAUAAUGGAGCUGCCACCUGCCGAGCAGCAGAAGCUCUUUAACGAAGCCACUGCCAUCGUCAGGCGCCUGGAACGGACGGACGCCAUGCAGCUGACCAUGCUGGUCGUGGGCAGUGAGGCCCUGCAGCAGCAGCUGCUGGCGACGCUGGCCAACUACGUCCCCAAGGAGCUCCGGGCGGAAGUGCAGUGCGACAACUAGGCCUCUGCUCCGGGAAGCGGGGUCCAUUUAGAUGAUU